AUGACAGUUGGUGAGAUGACCUUGACCCUGGAUAAUGUUGGCACUAUUCUUGGCCUUCCCAUUAUAGGCAAAUCAGUUAGCAUACCAGAUGUGACAGAUCAUCAUGGAGUUACAUUACUCGUUUAUGGCUUGGGGAUUACUGAACGUGCAGCACAUGAAGAGGUUUCUUCUGUUGGUGGCAAUUCAGUCAGGCUUGAAUGGUUGCGAAGUCAGUUUGCUGGUGUCACAGAUUCAGACCCCGAGGAGGCUAUACAGUGCGCUGCAAGAGCUUAUUUGUUGUUUCUGUUGGGAUGUACACUCUUCAGUGACAAGAGUGGCGGCAGGGUUCCCGUUGUUUACCUCGGCUUCCGGUCUGGGGUUAAGCUGAUGGGUGGUUAUAUGACUCUUUUGGAAGCGUGGAUUUAUGAGCACUUCCGAGCAUUCCGACCUCAUCAGAACAGGGGCUACAAUGAAGACAUGCCACACGUGUACCAUUGGGCAUCUAGGAGAGAGGUGGGUUCCUCCAUUGACCAUUUGAAAUCUUUUCGAGCCGAGCUUGACAGUUUAGUAGUUACUGAUGUUAUUUGGGAUCCAUACCACAGCUGCAGAGACCGGCAUCCAUGUAACCCGGUUACGUUCUACCAUGGAUGCUUAAAGUGCUUAGACGUUGUCGAACCCUAUCAUCCAAAUAGAGUUUUGAGGCAGUUUGGCAAGCAUAUUGAACUUGCACUGCAGAUUUCACAUCCUAUUAUUGACGCUGGUUAUCAGGAGGGGAUUCGCCAUCCUUAUCGACUUUACCAGGCUAUCGAGAGUAUGACACAUGUUCUUGAAGGUCAGCACAUUGAUGAAGCUGGACCUAGUUCUGCUGGACCUAGUUCUGCUGGAAGUCGCUUUCCAUCUUCGACAUUGACAUACAGUCGUAGGCCUAGGUGUAGGCAUACAGCUUAUUCGUGA